AUGAAACCGUUAUAUAUAACGGCGGAUAUAUUUGAUUUUAUUACAUCUUACACCAACAUCGAUCUUUAUCGACAACCAAACACCAUGACUAAGCUUCAUUCUCAAGUUCUUAUUGUAGGAGGGGGGUUCUCAGGAAUAGCCACCUCCAUCAAACUGCUCAAAGACUGGAAGGUGACCGAUUUCCAUGUCUACGACCGUAACGAGAAGUUUGGAGGCACUUGGGCUGCCAACACUUACCCCGGAGCUGCCUCCGACAUCCCUGCAGUCUGGUACUGUCUAGCCAGUGAUCCCAAGAUCGAUUGGGAGUCUGCCUAUCCAUCGCAGCAGGAGCUGUCUGAAUACAUUGCAGGAGUUGUCGACAAAUACGGUCUCAAGUCAUUUGCAACCUUCAAUUCUGAGAUCGAGCGAAUCGAAUGGAUUCCUAACGAGCGCUUGUGGAAGGCUACCAUCGCUCACAAUGGCAACACCAUCACACACACUGCUCGAGUUCUCUUCAUGGGCCAGGGAUGCCUGGUAACACCUAACCAUGUCAAGAUCAAGGGCAUGGAAGACUUUCAGGGUCCCAUUAUGCAUACAGCCGAGUGGAAGCCGUUUGAUUACGACAACAAGGACGUUGUUGUUAUUGGAAACGGAUGUUCUGCUGCUCAGGUCACCAGUGAGGUGGCCAAAACAGCGAAGUCAGUCACUCAGUUCGCCCGUUCUCCACAGUGGAUUGUUCCACGGACUCCAGUCACUAUUGGGCCUAUUUUGCGGACCAUUCUCAGUUGGUUCCCGUUCUUGAUCCCUGUCCUGCGAUUCUUCGUAUUUUGCUUACUGGAAAUGAAUUGGAAUAUGUUCCGAGGAGGCUGGUGGUCCGACUUCGAUCGGUCUAUGCGAACCAAGGUGGCUGUGAAAAUUGCCAAGAAGAACAUGCCUGAAAAGUACCACGAAACAGCCAUCCCCAAGUAUCAGCUCGGAUGUAAACGAAUCAUCUUCGAUUGCGGCUACUGGGCAGCCUUGAAAAUGGAGAGUGUGCUUCUGACCUUUGACAAGCUGGUUGAAGUUGGAAAGAACUCAGUCAAGGACAUCAAUGGCAACCAGUAUCCGGCUGAUCUGAUUGUGGACGCUACGGGGUUCAACAUUGGACGAUCAAUGACCUCUGUGGAUGUGAUUGGAGAGAACGGAAUGCCUUUAUCUGAAUUCUGGGAUGGCAAGGUCGCUGCGUACGAGACGGUCAUGGUGCCUAACUACCCCAACAUGUUCAUGCUGUUCGGUCCCAAUGCCACGACUGGACAUAACUCAGUUAUCUUCGGUAUUGAGAACGGUCUCAAGUUUGUGGAGUCGGUUGCUUCCGAUGUCAUCCAGGGACGAAGUGACUACGUGACAGUGAAGCCCCAGGCAUACGACCAGUGGGUGCAGCGAAUCCAGGCUGCUAUCAAACAGACCAACUUUGCCACGGGUGGGUGCGUGUCGUGGUACAUGUCUGUUGGAGAAGCCACUCACAAUGCCGUUUCCUAUCCUUGGACCCAGCUGAGAUUCUGGUGGAGAGCUCGAUUCCCCCAUUACGACGACAUUUAUGUUGAAAACAAAUCUCAGAAGGUUACUCCAGGCAAAGCGAUCAAGGCCGAGUAG